UAUCGCGAUCCAUUUUUCAGCUGUCGCCUCUGGAAACUCGAUAGGCUCUUUGUUUACCGCAAAGUUUAGGGCCGAAUAGAGUGAACUUUUCCUUUAAGGGACUCUACUGCUUUAUACUGAUUGGUUAAGGCUAUUAUUGCCAUAAAUCCUCGAACAACUUAUAAUCUGGAAACUGUCCCAGGAAAAUUCUGGGAAAUUGUGGGAAAAUAGCAGUUUGCAUAAUUUUUUGUCGAAAAAGCCCAUUGUGUUGAAAGCUUUUACGGCUCUUGUUUUUUGCAGUAUCGAGCACCCUUUCAGGCAGAAGACAUAAAAAUUGGUAUCCUUAAGGCCCUGCUGAUGGAGGCGCCCUCGCGAUCGAACCGGCAGGAAACUGCACUCCUGCACAGCAUCCUGACAUUAUCCUGGAAAGUGUAGAGGAAAACGGGCGAAUUGUGAGGACGCAGCGCUUCCGCUUUUUUGCAGUGGUUUUUCGAGUAAAACUCACGCAAAAGCCUGAAAUUUUUUACUAAAAGUGUACUUUUAUGGGUUUUGGAAUAGGAUCCAGAUGGACUGAAGGUGGCUGAAAUCGACUGCCGAUUUAAGGCGAAGAAAAACUGAGAAGAAGCCAUCAUGUCCGCUUUGGACAAAGCAGUUUCCACUGAAGAUCUUUGCACUAAAGAAGAUUCUCCUGCACUGGGAGUUCUUCGACUGGAAGCCAUUUUGAACACUCUGGUGGAAAACAAAGUGGAAGCGCUCAAGCAGGAAAAUGAAAAAACCUCAAGUCUGCACUCCAGUCCCAAGAGCAUCUUGCAAAAGUUGAAAUUGCAGUCGUCGCCGAAGGCGACCUUGCGAAUUGAGGACGAAACGCACAAGAACUCCAAGCGCAAGGAGCGAAAGGAAAAGAGCCAAGGAAAACAGUUUAAAAAGCAAAUGUUGCGCCAAGAAACUUCCUCACCGGAUAGUCAGAUUCUUCAAGUGGAGGAAAAGUGUCUGAGUCACCAGUAUCGAAGCACUUCUUGUAUGGAUUCCAGCUGUCCUUCGCAUGUUUGCUACUGCAGCCACGGGCAAACGCCCUUGCAAAUGGCCGAUGAGUACAUUUCGAUCAAAAUGGACUCAUAUGGAGAUGUGGAAACUGAUGCUAUUAUUGCGAGGGAGGAGAUGCGAAGGGAGAGAAGGAAGAGAAGGAGACGACGCAAAAGGCGCCUAAAGAAACGCUUGGCCUUAAAUCCUCACCUGGUGGACACUUUCGCCCACGAGAGCGACUUCAAGACUUUUCACGACGACGAGCUGCCUCCAAGAGCAAAAUGGACAAUCGUAGCUACUGCCUGUUUGUUACUCUUCAUGUGCCUGUUAUUAGUGGGAAUCACUCUGAGGAUGGCUCCGAUUAUUGACGAAAUUGUUCGAGAAGAAAACGAAAAGCUCAUUAACUCAAUUUCGAAUUCAGCAAAUGCCUCGAAAAUGUCCGUCCAUAAUCAUGCAGCUUCGACGGAAAAACUCUACAUUCUCAACGGUGUAACGUAGGCCCUUUUCACCAAUGACAAAAACAGCAAAUAAUCUCCCAUAGGUUUCCACAUAACGCAGGGUUUAUAAGACUAUAUAUAUUAAUUAAUCCAUUAUGAAUAAUAAUAUUAAUGACACUAACAGCUAUUUGUGUUAUUGUGCAGGGUGGUCCAAUAAGAGGGAGGCGCAAGAGCAACCAUUGAGUACUAAAUGGAAGAACAGACGUUGAUUUAAAGUGCUUUAAAAAUAGCUGCGUUCUGCGCUCAUUUUGGUGCGGAUGAAAUUAUAAUUUUCUUGAAGAAUUACUCGUUUGAUCCAAAGAAAGUAAGUCCACAGAAAGUAACAAUUAUAUUAUUAAAACACAGAGUGGUUCAAAAAGUACUCAGUUUUUAGAAGAUGAUUGAAUCAGGGUCCUUAGAGGCAACGAUUCGAAGAUACAGAGUGUGAAAAAUUUACUAAAAUUUUGCAGAUCUCAAUGGGUAUCGAGACCAUAUUUCUAUUGAAUGAAGGCAAUUUUUUAAAGAAAAAUAUCGGGCGGCACUGAUUUUGCAAAAAAUAACUUUUACCCUUUCAUUGCCUGUUUAGUCGUACGCAAAUAAUCUCUCUUGAGUUUUCUUCGUAAAACGAGUAAAAAAAAAUAUCGUAUUAAUGAAAACCACAAUUUAUUUCGUAAUUAAACUUAUGAAAAUCACAGAAAUACUAAUUCGAACUUUAUUUUAAUGAAUGUGUAAACAUAAAUGGAUUUAACUUAAGAAAGUGAUAAAUUAAUCGUCCAUAAAUUAAAAGUUUUAAAACUGUUAGUGUAAAGCUUCCAAAGCGGGAAUUAAAACGAUUUUUGCUAGUCGGAAACCCUCCUUUGUACGAAGAAAACUCACAAGAGCCUUUUUGUGUAGAAUUAAACAGGCAAUGCAAAGAUUUUAAAAAUCGUAAAGAAAAAUCAGUAACGCGCCAUAUUUUCCUUUAGAAAAUUGCCAGUACGAGCGCAACUUGUGGUUGAAAGAAAUGUUUCAUUCAGCAGAAACAUGGCCGCGAGACUCCAGAAAGUUUUUUCUUUAAAGUUAAACAGGCAAUAAAAGAUAAUUUUUUUUUUAUUAUUUCAUUAAAAUAUCUGAACCGGUUUCGGUUGUAAUGAUGAAUUUUUAUGGUUUUUAAUAACUUUAAAUCCCUGCUUUUUCGAAACGCGGCUUUUCCGGAACCUCAUUUGAUAAACCUUCUUAUCCUACAACAAUGCCUGGCAAUCAUCUGAAAUUUAUCAAAGUACUUUUGAAUCACUUUGUUUAAACUGUGUUUUUCUACAGAAAAAAUCGAGUUAAUCGGCGACAUUUUCCAAGUGAUUCAUAAUAUCUGCAAUAUGAAGUUUUCUCAUGUAAAAUGUUAUAAAAAACAUUGUUGAAAAUUCACGUUUCACUAGAGCGACUGUCGAUACUGAAAGCAUUUUAAAUCACUUUCUCUUACGUUUUCGCACGCCCUGUAAAUUCAGAUUCAGCCAAAUUGAUUUGGGGUCGAUUUCUAUGAUUAAGCAGAAAAUACUUCUAUUUUUACCAUUGUACACCGACUUCUGAAGUUUUGUAUUUAUGACAAAUAAGAUUGUUUACGAUUAGUUUUUAUACCGGCACAAACAACUGCACUAAUCACAACUUUCUAGCCACUGUGUUUCGGAAAAGACUGUAAUAUACUAGAAUAGACAAUCAAUCAAUCAACGUUCUCUGUUAUAACCAAUUGCAUGUCUUGUAAAACUCUUGCUCAAAGUAUCAAUAUAUGAUAUAUAUGUAUAGUGAGUAGGUCUAAUAUUGUAGUUUUCCAAACUCGAUUUGGUUCCAUUGACAAUCAAAAUAGUUGUUUUCCAAUUGCAAUUGUGCUAAUCGAAAUCUUCUAGUGCCGUAACUCAGAUAAUCAAACCAGAACUUUGUGAAAUCGAUGUUUGUAUUAUUAGAGUGGUGAAAAAUAUAUUUAUUACAUAAAA